CUUUGUUUCUUCUGUCUAGAAAUGAAGAUCAAGGAAAAUGGCUCAAAGCCCUACAAAUGGUUUUUCACUGGUAAGAAUAUGUUUAAGCUAAACCUCUCUUUCCGUGCUUCAAAACCCAAAAGCCAUAGCCCUUCUUUAUCUUCAUCUCUUCCUACUCAAAAUUGUAACAGUGUCGCAAGAAAUGAGGAGCUUGCAAAAGUUUUUGAUCAUUUUGACACCAACAAAGACGGUAAGAUCUCAGGCGACGAACUUCAAGCUUACUUCAUGUCAAUUGGGGAACCCAUGUCCACUCAUGAGGCUCAAAGUGUGAUAAAAGAAUUGGACAAUGAUGGUGAUAACUUGUUGGAGUUUGAUGACUUCGUCAAAUUGAUGAGGCGAGAGGAUAUUGAUGCCAAUGAAAAUGACGAUCUAAAGAACGCUUUUGAGAUGUUUGAAGUUGAUAAAGGUUGCGGAUGCAUAACACCAAAAGGAUUGCAAAACAUGUUCAAUCGACUAGGAGAUGCCAAAUCCUAUGAUGAGUGUGUAUCCAUGAUCGGUGUCUUUGAUCUUGACGGAAAUGGAGUCCUCGAUUUCAAUGAAUUUCUGAAGAUGAUGAUUUCAACAUGAAAUACCGAGUGCUUGUGUGUUAAAAGAUUUUCUGUUUUCAAGUUUCUUGGUUUGAUUUGUAAUUUAUUAAUUGAGCCAUGUUGAGUUUAUAAUGCAAAA